GCCCCGCCCCUCCCGGCCCAGCCAGGCUCCGCAAUUGGAUGUCGAGAUCAUCGCUCCAGCCAGGCAAACCGGGUCGAUCUCGCGUCUUCCGGAGACCCGGGCCUGACGAUGGCGGAGAAAACUCAAAAGAGUGUGAAGAUCGCCCCUGGAGCCGUGGUGUGUGUGGAGAGUGAGAUCAGAGGCGAUGUGACCAUAGGCCCUCGGACGGUGAUCCACCCCAAAGCACGGAUCAUUGCGGAGGCCGGGCCGAUAAUCAUCGGAGAGGGUAACCUGAUCGAAGAGCAGGCCCUCAUCAUCAACGCUCAUCCAGAUAAUAUCAUCCCAGACACUGAAGAGCCAGAACCCAAGCCUAUGAUCAUUGGCACCAACAACGUGUUUGAAGUGGGCUGUCAUUCCCAAGCCAUGAAAAUAGGAGAUAAUAAUGUCAUUGAGUCAAAAGCAUACGUAGGCAGAAACGUCAUCUUGACCAGCGGUUGCAUCAUCGGGGCUUGCUGCAACCUCAACACUUUUGAAGUCAUUCCUGAGAACUCGGUGAUCUACAGUGCGGACUGCCUGCGAAGGGUGCAGACGGAGCGGCCGCAGCCCCAGACACUGCAGCUGGAUUUCUUGAUGAAAAUCUUGCCCAAUUACCACCACCUAAAGAAGACAACAAAGGGAGCCUCGACUCCGGUUAAGAAUUGAGCAGUUGUCGAAGUAGUGAUCGGUCUCUGCUGGCUUUUGAAAGGACCGGGGUUUAACGUCACAUUGACUUCCUGUUGGAAACUUGAGUUAUGGAGAGCUGGGUCCCACUGUAACUACCUUUAGAAGUUAUGUGGAGUGUAUUGUUUCCUGUCCUUGUUGUGCUAAUUUAUAGACUCAGUUUUUCUUUUGUGAUACAAAAUAUUAGCCUUCCAUGUAUUAUGUAAAGACCAUCCAUGAUGACAUGUCAUGUUAUGUGUUUAUAUGCUAAUGUAACCAUAACUAAAUAAAAGUUUGCAUUAAUCUUCCCAAA